AUGCUGGCAUUCACUGUUCUGCUCAUCGCCGCGAAUGCCUUUGGGGAGGGUUUCGACCCGGACAGCCGCGGCGAGGGGCACGUGAAUUUUUACGACACGAUGGGCGUCCCCCGCGAGUCGGACAUGAGGGCCAUUCGGAAGGCUUACAAGGCGCUCGCGUUGUCCUGGCACCCGGACAAGAACCCUGGCUGCCGCGACUGCAAGACGCGCUUCGCGGCGAUCUCCGAGGCCUACGAGACGCUGUCAGACCCGGAGAAGAAAAAGGCGUACGACCAGCAGAGGGCGCACAAGGGCUCCCUCGAGUCCAUGGCCUCGGUGGAGCUCACCGCCGAGAACUUCGAGAGGCUAGUGCUGCGCUCGAGCGAGGUCUGGAUCGUCCAAGUCUACAGUCCGAGCGACCACUUUUGCAAGGACUUCCACCCGAUUUGGGAGGACGUGUCCCUCUCCCACCAGAGCGUUGCCAGGUGGGGCCGCAUCGACGCCCGCGCGGCGCAGUCUCUCCUGCCCCAGCGCGCUCUGGUGCUGCCCGUGGUGUACCGCUUCGCGCACGGGAAGGAGCCCGAGUUCUUCACCUGGAACGGGGACAGGGACUCUGGCGCGGGGCCGUUGACACGCUUCGUGGCGGACUCCUACCCGGCCGUGCGGCACGUCGCCGGCGCCGAGCUGCGGGGCUGGCUGGACGGCCCCUCGCAGCGCGCGAGGGCGCUGCUGCUCAGCAGGGCCGCGCUGCCCACGAGCGGCAGGCGAGCAAUGGAGACGCUGCAGUUCUGGCGCGUGGCCAACUCGCUCGCCGAGUUCGUGGAAGUAGCCACCGCGGACUCCGUGGAGGCGGAGAAGGUGCUCGGCGUGGGCACGGGACCCGCCCAGGGCGACUCCUUCGCGCUCCUGAUGGGCCGCGGGGGCGACGCCCGCCAGCGGAAGUCCUUCGCCGAGCUGGAGGACGUCGCUGGCAACUUCCGGCAGAUGGCCGUGAGGGUCGUCGGCGGCAUGGCGCCCCAUGCGACGCUGCGGAACCACGACCAGCUCUGCUCCGCCAGCGGCCUGGGGAUGGUGACACGCUCCUUCUGCGUGGUGCUGGUCGACGCGGGCGAUGCAGAGGUCUCCGCGGCCCUCGCCGCCGUGAACCAGUCGCAGGUGGAGUACGCCAAGGAGCUGCUGGAGCUGCAGGCCGCGGAGGGCAGCGACGACGAGUCGCAGGAGCCGCCCCUGCACAUCCAGCUGGUGCGCGUGUCGACGGCGACCUCCCGGCUGCCGUGGGAGGCGGCCGGCGUGGGCCCCGCCUUCGCGCAGCUGUGGCGGGAGGUGAAGUACUCGCCCGCCUUUGUGCUGGAGCUGGAGACGCGCCGAGCCGCGGCGGUCAAGCCGAAGAACCUGGGCGAGGUCUUCCAGCAGAUCGCCUACGAGGACCUGCGGCUCGGCGAGCUCCCCGAGGAGCUGCCGCUGCCCCGGGUGUGGGCCGACCCGGAGCGUGGCCUGAAGCGGGAGCUGCUGGCCGCGCUCUCCACCAAGGUCGGUGCCGCCGCGGCCCUGCUCCUGUUCGCCGCGGGCGCCGCCGUAGUGCCGGAGCUCUCGCUGCUGACCAGCGGCGCGGCCGCCGGCUCCCUGGCGGCGCUGCUGCUGGCCAGCUGGCCCGGCCUGUGCCGGCGGGCGCUCCUCCCGCUGUGGUGCGCGGGCUCCCCCGGCGCCUUCCAGUGCCUGUGACCUCCCCGGCCCGCCGCGCGCUCGGCGCCCGCCGCCGGCGGGCGGGGCCUCGGGCCGAAGGAGGGCGGAACGCACGCGAGCAGCUGUAGGCUUCCGCUGCUCCGUGAGGUGAGUCAACGGCGAAGUUCUUUCUCGAAGAGAGCUGGCGGCUCAAGCGCUGGACAGGGUAUGCACGGCCACCCGUCGUGACGUUCGGAUCCCCCUGCUGACCAGCCGUCCGGGGGCGAGCCUUCUCAGAAGGCUCGGAAGGCCUCGGGCCUGUGAACAGUUUUCUGAGUCUCCCCCGAAGACACAGAACCUUUCCUCAGAAGGCUAGAAUGCUUCUGAGAAGCGCCGCCGCCUUCUGAGAAUGCCUCUUCCUUUUCACUUCCCCCCCUUCGUUCGCCGCCGAUUCUGCGGGGGCAGGUGGGACCUCGACUGUUUCGGCCCGAGACGGCUUGCACACUUUGACGCUGCCAUGCGCGGCUCGGAGACGACUUUCCACGUG